AUGGCAAAGCAAGAGAACCUGAGUUGGUUUGAUAUAAUACCGGUGCUUCGAACAACAAGUGGUGAACGGGAAUAUGGUUUGGUUGAAGAGGUGCGGAAUGCUGGCGGAAUCCACUCAAAAUUAAAAUCUAGUUUUAACUUCUUCACUUAUUCCACUCCAUUGCAACAGGAUAUUUUAGUAAGAGUCAAGAUGAUCAAGAGAUUCUUCAAUCCGCAAACCUCUUCAGGUUCUACUUCUAGUUCUCCUUCACUAAGCUCUCCUUCAUGUCCAGUGGUAAAUAAUAAUGUCAAUUCUUCUCAAUCAUCACACCUACAUAAUAUGUUGGAUUUGAAUCCUCUUGAACGCGAUCCUGGUGAAAGAAAACAAAUUUCAGAAUAUCCUCCUAAUUUACGUGAUCGAGUGAGAAGGCAUUACAUUGAAAAGGGACCUUGUCAACUUAGAGAGUUUGAUUUUCCAAAUACAAAUUUUGGUGGAAAAUUGCGUCAUUUUAAUCCUGAAUGGUUUAAGACUUCAUAUUCUGAAUGGUUAGAAUAUAGUAUUAAAAAAGAUGCAGCAUUUUGCUUAUGUUGUUACUUGUUCAAAAAUGAGAUUGGCGGAUAUGGGAAAAAAGUCGGUGAUUCUUUUACAAUAGAUGAUUUUAGGGCUUGGAAUAAAGGUAUAGAAAGGCUUAAUGCGCAUGUGGGUCAAGUGAGUAGUGUUCAUAAUCGAUGUUUAAGAUGA